AUGGUGCUGGUGGUAUCUCCGUAUUCGUAUUUUGAAUUCGGGUCCCACAACAUAUCCACAUUUGAGGUUUUUGGUAACCUUGUAUAUGUGGGGCUAUACGAUGGUUCUCUAGACGUUUGUCAGCUUCCCACUGGCGGAGAAACACAAAUGACGCAAUUUGACGAAUCGAAACUGGUAUUGGAAGACCUCAACGUGAUUGCAAGAACGAAAUUGUCAUGCCGAGCGAUGCAAUUGGAACUGAUACCAAACUUGGGAUAUCUGGUUGCAUUACUAGAGAACCAGACAGUGGAAAUAUAUAGUCUGAACGACUAUCAAUUCAUAGACAAGUUUGAUGAGGCACGCUUCAAUUUGAUCAGAACCUGGUACGAGGACGACAAGGAUCUCCAGCUAGAUCAGAUCAAUGAAGAAGAUAACGAUUACAUUACAGUAGACGACAACGACUCCAUCUCGCUCGCCACUACUGCCUUGGAAACCGUCCGAACCAAGAAGUUUGUCACAUCAUUGACAGGCAACAGCUACUUGUGUCUGAUAUCCAAACGGAAUAUUGCAGUGAUGAAGUGGCACGACAACCAAUACGAUCGCAAAUACGAAUAUAAGCUGAAUGACAAAAUUCAGGUGGUUGAGUUUCUCAAUUCCGAUGGUUUGAUCGUUGCAUUGAAAAACGGUGACAUCCUGAAAAUCGACUUGGCGCACGAUUCGGUGUCAACUAUACAAAUUCAGUUUCUAAACCAGCCUACUGGUUUCAGCAAGUCAUUUUUCUUCAGCCCGUCAGACUCUCUAUUGGAAAUCUUCAAGGCAAAUAAUGACCAGCAGCUCAUCAUCAUGAAAGACUACAACCUCAUUAAACUCAACAGCGAUUUAGAACUUGUUGUGUACAGACGACAUACUCAUUCCAUAGACUUUAAAAACCCGGUUUUAGUGCCGAGUCAUAACCAGUCUGGGAAAAAGUUGAAAUUCCUCAAAUAUUGGUUCCCCUAUGUGGUUUUGGUCUACGCCAACUCACUAGAAAUUCGAAACCUUGAGAACGGCUCAAUUGUUCAGCAGUUGCAAGGGACGUCCACAUUUGGUAGUAUUACCUCGAUCAAGUUCACAUCCAAGUUUCUGUUUUUAAUUUGCAACUCAACAGUGUACAAACUUGUGAAAACUACAUACGACUCCCAGCUGGCCGAGUUUGAGAAAUCAAAGGAUUAUAACAAUGCAAUAAACUUGAUUGAGAAGCUUAACCCAUUGGCAUUUGAGGACAUAUCCGAAGACCAUUCUUCGCGACAAAUCAAAUUUACAAAACUACGUCAAUUUCAGCUUCUAAAGGGUUUAGAGUAUAUGAAGUCAGGAAAUUAUGAGACAGGAAUCAAGUUAUUUGUCGAGUUUCUAGCCCCACCGGAGCUCGUACUUGAUAAUCUGCCAGAAUCAGUGAAAACUUUGUUGUCUGGAACAUCAAGUCUAAGACAUGCUGCUAGCAAGGAGUCAUUGAAGAGCGAUAAGGAGCCAGAAACCCGACCCAACCAGGACGUCAAGAUAAUCGGCCAGGUUAUUAGCUUUUUAACAGAUGCUCGGAGGAAACUCACUCGACUCUUGGAUCCCGAUUCGCCUAAAUUCCAGUGGCAUGGCUUUCUCAUCUCCCGUGAGCUUUAUGGGUCCAAGGAUAUUUCCAAGCUAGAACAGAAACUGCAAACCGUAGACGACUGUCUUUUUCAAUGCUAUUUGAUUACCAAUCCCAGAAUGGUGGGACCACUGCUCAGGAUUUCCAACUACUGCUCCUUUGACAAAAUAGAGAAUAAAUGUCUCGAACUCAAGCUGUACACAGAACUUAUAGAUUUUUAUUACUGUCGGUCACGGCACGACAAGGCGUUGAAGUUGUUGGAGAAGCUGUGUAUUGAGGAGCACAUCUUCAAACCCGAAUUUAUGGUCAAAUACAUACAGAAACUUGGACAACCACAGCUGGAUCUAAUAUUCAAGUACGCAGAAAAACUGAUUUCACUAGAUCAAACUAAUGUGGAGAGUAUCUUUAUGGAUGACUCAGUUGAGUGCGAGUCUCUGAACAAACAUCAAGUAUUGGAUUUUCUCAACAAAUGGCCCUCGUUGCAAGUGCGUUACUUGCGUUACCUAAUUUUUGACCUCGGCGAGACCAACAUCAAGUUCCCAAAUAAACUCAUCGAGUUGUACCUACAGGACCCUGCGAACAACCAGGCCCACAUCAACCAAAUUUACUCACUCGAUAACUACAAUCCAUCGUUCGUGCUCAAAAAACUCGGCUCGCUUAAACAGUCGCCAGUUGUAUUGGAGCUCAUGAUCCUUCCUCUUGGCAAGCUUAAUAAACAUAAAGAAGUGCUAGAUAUACUUGUACACAAGCUCAACGAUGUGAAAAAAGCGCUGAGUUAUUGCAAGGCAGUUUACUCUUCCUCACCAGAGACAGGAGUCAAACUCACAUAUAUGCUGCUCGACAUGCUCCUAUCCUCAAAAGACUACGACUCAGUUUUUGAAAUUUUAGACUCGGGCAUUACAUACCUAGAUCCAGUCCAGGUGUUAGAAAAGUUGCCUGGAUCUCUGCAGCUUGGCAAAUUGGAGGGCUACUUGGAGUCCAACAUAAGGAACAUAACGUCAGAUCUCCGAUUAGACAUCAUACAAAAUGAGCUUCUAAAAGUGCAGCUCAUCAACCUCAAGUACGAAAAAUUGCUCUCAGACGCGGCCCAUGUGCGCAUUGACGCAAGCUCCAAAUGUAUGGUGUGUGACAAAAAUUUCGCUGCCUCUUCGAUUCUUAGCUUCUUUCCAGACGGAUCUGUGGUGCACUAUAGCUGUAGUAGGUAUAGGAAUUAA